AUGUACUUGCCCCUUGUGCUCUGCGCUGGCAACCCCCGCUCUGAGAGGUACGGUCCUCCAAAGCAUUGGCUUUGCUCGGUCUUGGUUCCGUCGUCUGCUCAUCUCGCCUGGCUCUGCUUUAUUGAUUUCCAGGACCUGAUCCAACAGCACCUGAACAAGCCCGCACAACUACCUCGCUGGUUAGUGAAGCAUCUGGAGUUCGAUGUGCUCAUUGCGCAUGCACUCUUGGAUGGAGCGGCGAUCUAUUCCCAGGUGCUGACAGCUGAGGUGGCAAGUGAGCUGAGGGAGUAUCAUGCUGGCCUUCUUUGCGCCACCAGCGUGGAUGAGGUCGGCGAAGCUGCGGAGCUGCAAGUGCCUGCCACUUUCAAGCUGCCGGCACUUUCCUUGCUACAAGUCACCAACCAGGUGUCUCCUUUCGUGAACUUCCUGACAAGUCACACGAUCCAGCGACAAGAGCAAAUCGAGCUCUUUAGCGCUUCGAAGAGCCUCAGCAAGGCUGCUGUGCAGCAGCUCUACGACCUCUGUCGCAGCCAACCGCUGCUUGGUCGUUGCAUCUGCCUCUCGCUCUCACCCCCGGCGCCUGGGGCCGCACAGGGCUGCACAUGCUGUACACUGUACAGCACGUGCACAAACUUGUUUGUGAUGCCCGUGCUUGAUCAGGGCUGUGCGGCGGCACUACCCACUGCACGACGCAUUCAGCAAAUGCAUCCUGGCCAAGCUCAGGCGAACAGCAACUUUCAUAGUUGUCUACACAACCAGUUCUACUUAGCUCUCUUUUUCAAGGUAUCUGGGCCUAACUGCAGAUGCGUCCGGCUCCCGGCCAAGGCGACAUUACUAUGUUGCAUGUGA